GCCUGGCGGCGGCGGACGCGGCCGGGGCGGACGCGCAGCGGAGCCGGAGCUGUAGCUCUCCUGCCCCCGUGGAAGUGUGACUGGUAUGGGUAAUGGUGUGAGAGAAGGUCCAGUGGAAUUCCAGAGGGAUGUGGAGCCCGUCACGGCCCGAAUUCCGGCAGAGGAUAACCAGGAGAAGAAGAAAGUGCUGAACUCCCUGAUAUCUGGGGCACUGGCUGGGGCUGUGGCUAAAACUGCAGUGGCUCCUCUGGACAGGACAAAAAUCAUGUUCCAAGUGUCUUCAAAAAGAUUUUCUGCCAAGGAAGCCUACAGGCUGAUUUAUCACACCUACCUCAACGAGGGCUUCUGGAGCCUCUGGAGAGGGAAUUCCGCCACCAUGGUCCGCGUGAUCCCCUACGCCGCCAUCCAGUUCUGCGCCCACGAGGAGUACAAGCAGAUCCUGGGGAAUUACUACGGAUUCCAGGGAAAGGCACUGACACCUUUCCCUCGCUUCAUUGCCGGCUCCCUGGCUGGCACCACGGCUGCCAUGGUCACCUACCCCCUGGACAUGGUCCGUGCCCGCAUGGCUGUCACGCCCAAGGAGAUGUACAGCAGCAUUGUCCACGUCUUCAUCCGGAUCUCCCGGGAGGAGGGGCUGAAAACCUUGUACAGGGGCUUCACACCCACCAUCCUGGGCGUCAUUCCCUACGCCGGCCUCAGCUUCUUCACCUACGAGACGCUGAAGAAAGUCCACGCAGAGCACAGCGGGAAGGCGCAGCCCUCGCCCCCGGAGCGGCUGCUGUUCGGGGCGUGCGCCGGCCUCAUCGGGCAGUCGGCCUCGUACCCGCUGGACGUGGUGCGGCGCCGCAUGCAGACUGCCGGCGUGCUGGGCCACACCUACAGCUCCAUCCUGCUCACCAUGCAGGAGAUCGUCAGGGAGGAGGGACUGGUGCGAGGGCUCUACAAAGGGCUCAGCAUGAACUGGGUGAAGGGCCCCAUCGCCGUGGGGAUCAGCUUCACCACCUUCGACCUGACGCAGAUCCUGCUCCGCAAGCUGCAGCAGAGGUAGUGGCUCGGUGGCCAGCGUGUAGAAAGAGCAGUUGGUUCUUCCCUGGCCUCCCACGUGCUCCUGCAGCUGAGAACUCGCCCGUUUGGGUUUUGGUUUGGUGGGGU